CAGCUUCUUCAUAAAUUCCCACAACCAUCGGGUAUCAAAGAAGCAGGUUCUCUCCCUCUCUCUUCUAGCCAUUCAAAAUAGUGAGAAUGGGGUUGUUGAAAAAACACGAGAAACAUUCAAAGCCGACGUUUAAGGGUAUCUUGACGGCCAUUUUAGCUACCAUAGCCGCAAUGUUCCUCUUGUUGCUCGCCGGUUUAUCCCUCGCUGGCACAGCCGUGGCAUUUAUUGCCAUUAUGCCGCUAUUUGUCGUAUUCAGUCCGGUUCUCGUACCAGCCGGUAUUACCACUGGUUUGCUAGCUACGGGAUUAGCCGCCUCGGGUGGCUCCGGUUUGACGGCCCUCAGCAUCAUCUCGUGGCUCUACAAGAAAUUAACGGUUAAGGAGCUGUCAAAAAUUUCGGGUUAAACGUUCGUCAGAGGUUCUCCAGGCGGCCGUUGGUCGCACUGAAUAAAUGAAAAGAAGGUGGCAUAGACAAAUGAUGAUAUGAAAAAUUGAUAUAUAGUUGUUAUUAUAAUUUCACAAAUUAAAUCUAGUUAACCCGAACGACCUUUUGUGGUCAAACAUAAAAAAAUCUAGUUAACCCGACUUUUCUUAGUAGUAAUUAUUACGUGGCAUUUUCAAAAUAAUAAUUCUUACUUGGGGAUGGAACUAAAGUUUUCAAAUAGCAUCUUAUUAGUGUAUGUCGUGGUACACAAUAAUUAUAAAUGUAUGCGUUUUCGUUAUC